AUGCAGCAGAUAGUAGAAACUGUUACGGUGUCUACAGCAAAGAAGAAGAAUGAAACUCGUGCUCAGCAGAGCUGGGGCAAAAACGAAUUCAACUACAAGAGAUACAAAGUUGGUUUUUUGUUUGUGCGAGAAAUUGAGACGAUCCAGUGGACCACUAGACAUUGGACAGACGAGUGCGCAGCCAAGGAACAGAGGGCGGAAGUGGAGCAUCUCACCGUCAACACGAACUGUUCCAAUUCCACGCUGUCUCCAUUUCGUCACACAGUGUUGAUUUCUGCCUCAGACUUCGGCGCCAACAUGUGCAGAGAUGCUGAGAUGGCAGCUUGCUCUGUCAUCAGUUUCAUCAUCGCCACAACAACCUGCCUCUCUCUUUUCUUCUUCCAACCCAGUUACGCAUUUAAGGUGAAUCAGCCAGAGAGUCAGAUGGUGAACGCUCACAAUUCAUCUUCUAUCCGCUGUGAACACACAGCAGAUGUGAGGAAUAUAAUAGACGUCAGACUCAACAGGGUAAAACAGGCAGACCGUGUGAUGUGCUGCCAGAAGGGAAUGGCAAAAUGUUCGAAUAUCAUCUGUUACGAAGAGAAUCCCAACAGCUUUAUGUUUGUACUACUCAACAUUGGGAUGGAGAACAUGACCUAUACAUACGAGUGUGAGAUCAGUGUGGCGAUAGGCAGGGUGACUAAAAGGGAGAGAGGAUUGCCGACCAGACUGCUACCACAUCAGUUUACACCACAACGUCUACCUGCAAUGACAUCAAAUGGCUGCAUUGAGAAUGUGACACAUGGGCCAAACGAACCGUCUCAUCUGUCAGUUUCUAAGGCUGUUCCAACCACACUCUUCCCACCUGCUCCUGCUUUCCCAUUAAAGUGGAUUCUGAUUAUUCUGCUGGCUCUGGUCAUCCUCUACAGCUUUGUUAUCGUCUUCAUCUACAUAAGUCGAAGGAGGCGCAGAGGAGAGGCUGAUAUUGACUCUACCUACAUGGACAUGAGGAAAGCUCCUUUGGGGACAAGAGGCUCUUCAGGCAUUAAUAACCUAAAUGGCUAGCCGCUUGGACACCUGUCACUGUUAGAAGGGCAACAGAAACAUUUUUUCCCCCAUCGUUUUAAGGUGUGGACAAUUUGAAAGCCUGUUUGUUGUUAUAAAUACUUAGAACUACUCAAUGGGACAUGUUCUGAAAGUGUUUUUCGUUUUAUGAGCUUGAUUACAACAAGUUUGAGUAUUGGCUGUUGGACUGGAAUGUAAACUAAAUAAAUGUGCUUUGAAAAUCAAAAAAAAAAUCUCUGUGAAUCGGUUCAGUGAUAAAAAAUGAAGUCUUUAUUGGACAGGUUAAUGUAAAGGCGUGGCUUUGUUCAUAUUGUUAAAAAAGAUGUCAUGUUAAAGUCUGUUUCUUGUUAAAUGAAGACCUGUUUUAAAAUUAAAAAUAUCUUUCUGUCUUUG